CGUUUGCAAAUUUCUUAAGCUCAAGAUUUUGUCAAGCUUGUGAACUGUUUGUUUAUAUUUAAAACGCUAAAGCCUGCUAAGGUGAUUGUCUUUCAUUUUAAUUAGACUUGAUGCGAUCGAUAUACAUUCACAAUACUCGGAGAUUACCGGGUUACGAAGGGGUUACGUUCCGACAAACCUACAUCGUAAAGCGAAAAUGCGUUUUAAUACAGUACACCUGACCUAACAAACGUCGUAGCUGAGCCUAUAGCUUCCACAUAUACAUGUUUAGAACACUUACAUUAGCCUACAAUUUGGCGAAAUCAUUAACACAAAGCCUAUUUUAUAAUAAACAUGUAAUUUACUGAAUGAUGUACUGAAAGUGAAAAAUAUUUACCCCCUGUAUUUUAAUACCGCCUGCAGUUUAAUGAACAUGCAGUUUCAUUAAAAGUAACUUAAGAAAGUGCAGCAGCAUGAGCAUGUACGGCCCCCGCCGAUUCUUUUAAUCAAACGCUCGAUUCAUUUAAACGAACAGUUCGAUAGAGUCGGUUCUGUAAAUUGAACCGAACAUUUCACUAUUUAACAGAGGUAACUAUAAUACGGUGGCAGUGUCUUAAAUAGUAAUUAGUAGUUAGUAAAUAGUAGUUAAGUUGGAGGGGUUUUUUAGCCAAUGAGUGUCGAGGAUGAAACAUUUUUCUUGAAUCCAAUUGGUCUUGCUGGGCCUCGCGGAGUGUUUACCUUGGUAACCAUGGCGCAGAACAAGCUCAGCACCGAAGUUCCAGAAAUGGAGAAACAACAACUUGUUCACAUCACGGAAGAACUCAGGAGGUCCAACGCUGCCCUCCAGCUGGAGAAUGAGAUGUUUGAGCAACAUCUCAACCGGCUGAGCCUUGCCUCACAGCUGGAGUCGGAACACUUUGGAGUGGACUCUCAGAGGGGGCGUGAGCGGCACUCCAAAGCGCGGAGCUCGGCCUGCGACCAGCUGCCACUGCUCACCACGGAGCAGAAGUGUGAGGUGGCACAGCAGGAGCUGGAGGAGAUCAAAGCGGACCUGGAGAAGGGCAAGGCUAAUGCCACGAGAGUCCUGAACGAUUUACAGGCUAACCUGGAAGAGGCACAAAUCCGCCUGGUAGAAAUAAAGAAAAUGAGGAGCGAGUUUGAACGCGACAUCGCCAAGGCAACGCAGGAGAAGAGGGGCGCCAAGCUGGGGGCUGAGAAGCUCACCCGAUAUUUCGAGGACAGGAUGAGGUUAAAGGACGCCUUGAUAGAGAAGCUGCGGCUGAUGAAUGCUGCCCUAAAGGUACACAAGAGGAAGGUAUGGAUGCAGCUGCGCCAGAAGGAGGAGAUGGGCGAGGCUCUGCAGAAGGUGGACUUCCAGAAACUGAAGAUCGAGAACACAGACUACCUGGAGCUCAACAACAAGCGGAACCAGGAGCUGCUGCACUUCAAACUGAAAGCUGGGAAGGUGAUGCAGAUGUUAAGCUCAGCCAAGAGAUGUCUCCAGGAUGCCACCCUCGAGUCUGAGUCACUGAACCAUGAUAUCGCCUCUCGCAGGCACAUGCUGGCGAAGAUCCAGGUUGAGAUGGUCCUGGCUGAAGAGGAGCGAUCCAAGGCAGAGGUACUGAACAGGAAGCUGCACAGGCGUCUGGAGGAGUAUAAUGUGCCUGAUGUGCUACAGUACGUCCAGGUCACGAUGGCCCACAGAAAGCUGGAGCAGACCGUGCACAACUGGGAGCGCAAGACUGACAUUGCCCAGAUGGCUCUGAAGGCCCACACCAAGGGCUGUAAUCGUGGAUGGACUGGGCCCAGUCUGGACUCUGUGACCACACCAUGACUGUUCACUGUACUACGAAGUGGGGUUACUGGCUUAUCGGGGUAACUUGUCGGAUUUAAGGUACCACAGUUUAAAUGGACUUCAUAUUCGUUCACUUACAUUUUGCCCAGACUACCUUAAAUCCGACAAGUUACCCCGAUAAGCCAGUAACCCCACUUCGUAGUACAGGCCACAGGGGAUACACCACGCCCAAUUUCUGAAGGUCUUUUCCUCCUCAUGCUGGAAACAUAACGCCUAAUGCCUGGUUAAUCUGUGGUUUAGCUUCUUUUCACUGCUGUAAUAUUUGGAGGGGGGACAGAAUGGCUGAAAAUGGCCACAUUGACACAGAUGGUAGCAGCACAACAAUUCCAGAGUUACUACUUUGGCUCAGUUUCUGAUUACCCGCCCGUGCCCAAGCAGUAUUUCUGUUUCAUGCCAUGAACAAAGAAUACAUGAAUCCUUGUUUCCAGAUAGAUUCCUGCACGAACCCUCAUGUCUCAUAGGAACUCAAGAUCGUAUAUAUGCACAUUGAAUAUAUACUGAAUAUUUACUUGCUAGGUGCCACCUGUACAAUGACA